AUGGAGUUCGAUACCUUCACAGCGACGCAAUACAACACAAAUGACGCGACAUCUUUCGCACACAUCUCGGCGCGCGAACGAUGGCCCAUCAUCAUCACCCAGGGCAUUGAUGACGUGCACCGCUCAACAUACCUUACCAAUGACGAGGAAACACACAAGGAGGGCAAAUGGAUUGUCUCGGAGCUAGCAAGAUUGAAGUACGAGCUCCAACACGACCGCGAACUCACGCCGAUACCGGAUGACGGCGAGAAAGAUGUCGAGGCAUACAACAAGGAAUUGGAAGCGAUGGGGACCUCGAAGUGGCACAGUGUGCCAUGGUUGUACUCGGAAUGCUACCUGUACAGACGCGUAUCCAGCAUCUUCAAGCAGACCCAGAAAUGGAAGUCGUAUGAUAUCUUUGCCCGCCAGAAGAUGUCGACGUUCAAGUCUUCGCGCCCCGCUGUCCUCGAACUUGCCGCGCGCUACAAGGAUAUCGUUACCGAGCUCGAGUCGAAGCGACAAGCCAAGGGCGCUGAAACCCAAGAGCAGCGUGAAGCAGCCGAGAAGGUCCUGUUCACAGAGAUGUGCGAGAUCUGUCUCUGGGGAAACGCUACGGAUUUAUCCCUUUUGACCAACCUUUCCUACGAGGAUCUGCAGAAGCUGCAAGGCUCUGAAGCGCGUAAAGCCUCGGAGAAGAACAUCCUCGUCAAUGAUCUGGAGAAGGCGUUCAAGAUUCUGACCACGGCACAAAAGGAAGGCAAGAAGGAACGACGAGUUGAUAUUGUGCUAGACAACGCCGGCUUCGAACUCUACGUUGAUCUGAUCCUUGCAGGCUACCUGCUUGUAUCCGGUCUCGCCACGACCGUCGUCUUCCACCCCAAGUCGAUACCGUGGUUCGUCUCGGACGUACUACCAGCUGACUUCAGUGCCCUUCUCUCCACGCUCGCCCAACCAGACACCUACGAAGCCCUGUCGGACGACGAAAAGGACGCCGGGAAGAAACCCGUACCCCUUUCCGACACCGAACGCGCAAACCUGAUGUUCCUCUUCCAGAACUGGGGCCAAAUGUACGCCGAAGGGAAAUACGUGCUCCGACCAAACGACUUCUGGACUGCGGGAGGCAGCUACUGGAGACUGCCGGGUGCUGCACCAGAUCUGUACGAGGAUCUGAAGGAGAGCGAGCUGGUUAUUUUCAAGGGAGACUUGAACUACCGCAAGCUGACUGCUGAUGCGGCCUGGCCAGCAACUACCCCAUUCACCGAGGCCAUCGGACCCAUGGGCCCCGGGUCAGGUAUCCGCGUCCUCGCCCUCCGCACCUGCAAGGCCGACGUCGUCGUCGGCCUCGCAGACGGCGAAGACGAGAAGAUCCGCGCAACAGAAGGCGGCGGGGGAGACAGCGGGUUGAGAAAAUGGGCCUGGAGUGGCAAAUGGGCUGUCGUGCAGUUCUCGGAUGGAAAAGCUUGA